GGCUCCCGGGAGGGAGCGGCGUCUCCGGGAAGCCGGGAGCGCGUGCCCGCUGCCGCCUCUCGGUGGUGGCCGUGAUGCGCUCCGCUCACGGCUCCCCGCCCCUGGGAGUCCCGGCCGCCGAGUCAGGCGCUGCAGCACGGUUCAACUAUCACAAAAAAAUGUUUAGAUCAGAAUUCCUGUGUCAUGAAGAGUUUUUAAGCUAGGCUUUCUUGAUCUACCCAGAAGAGGAUUUCAUGCUGGAAACGGAAGAUAUCAGUCAAAGGAGAGUUCUCAUUCUGGGAGGACCUCGUUGUUGCUGUAAUAGUGGUUGAAGACUAACUCCCAGAACAUUACCUGACCUCUGACCUGUCAGCAUGGGCAGGGCCCCAUGAGCACCUGUCACAGAAAGAAAGUGAUAAUGCCAGGAGGAUUCUGCAGGAGUUAAUGUAGUUUAUCGUAAAGGGCAUGUUGUGCUGGAAUCUGUAACGGGUUGUGUUAAGCACAGGAUAACUGUCUCUGAGCCUCGGAGGGGAUGAUAAACUCCAUGGACUGGCCCAAGAACCCUCAUGCAGGCUAGAAACUACAAAUGGAAAUUUCCAUUGGACUUGGCAUCUCCUGUCUUUUUCCUGCUUCCUGGCAUUUUAGCAUCUCUCCAGUGGGAUGUCCUCGAAUUUUGAAUACCAAUUUACGCCAAAUUGUUGUUAUUAGUAUUCUGGCUGCUGCUGUUUCACUUUUAUACUUCUCUGUUGUCAUAAUCCGAAAUAAAUAUGGGCGACUAUCCAGAGACAAAAAGUUUCAAAGGUACUUGGCACGAGUUACUGACAUUGAAGCUACGGAUACCAAUAACCCCAAUGUGAACUAUGGUAUCGUGGUGGACUGUGGUAGCAGUGGGUCUCGAAUAUUUGUCUAUUGCUGGCCCAGGCAUAAUGGCAAUCCUCAUGACCUGUUGGAUAUCAGACAAAUGAGGGAUAAAAACCGAAAGCCAGUGGUUAUGAAAAUAAAACCAGGCAUUUCAGAAUUUGCUACCUCUCCAGAGAAAGUCAGUGAUUAUAUUUCUCCGCUCCUCAACUUUGCUGCAGAGCAUGUGCCACGGGCAAAACACAAAGAAACCCCUCUCUACAUUCUUUGCACAGCUGGCAUGAGGGUCCUUCCUGAAAGCCAGCAGAAAGCCAUCUUGGAAGACCUUCUGACUGAUAUCCCUGUGCAUUUUGACUUUCUGUUUUCUGACUCUCAUGCAGAAGUAAUUUCAGGGAAACAGGAAGGUGUGUAUGCUUGGAUCGGCAUUAAUUUUGUCCUUGGACGAUUUGAGCAUAUUGAAGAUGAUGAUGAGGCAGUCGUGGAGGUUAACAUUCCUGGAAGUGAGAGCAGUGAAGCCAUUCUCCGGAAAAGAACUGCCGGUAUUCUCGACAUGGGAGGCGUGUCAACUCAGAUAGCGUACGAAGUCCCCAAAACUGUAAGCUUUGCCUCCUCACAGCAGGUUAUUAUCUGUACAAAUUUCCUUCUUUUUGAUUUGGUUUCAUUUAACAUGUCUCCAUCCAUUUUUGUUUUGUUUUCUGAGUCUGAACACGCCUUUACUGUGCUUGCUGAGGUACCUCUGCUCAACCCAGGAGAAAGGAGACAGGAGGAAGCCAAGGAAGAAGUAGCUAAGAACUUGCUGGCUGAAUUUAACCUGGGAUGUGAUGUUCACCAGACUGAGCAUGUGUACCGAGUCUAUGUGGCCACAUUUCUUGGGUUUGGUGGCAAUGCUGCUCGACAGAGAUAUGAAGACAAGAUAUUUGCCAGCACGUUCCAAAAGAACAGGCUCCUGGGGAAGCAGACUGGUCUAGCUCCUGACACUCCAUACCUGGACCCCUGCUUACCCCUAGACAUUAAAGAUGAAAUCCAGCAAAAUGGGCAGACCAUGUACCUGCGGGGAACGGGAGACUUCGACCUGUGCCGAGAGACUCUCCAGCCUUUCAUGAACAAAACGAACGAGACACAAACUUCCCUCAAUGGUGUCUACCAGCCCCCCAUCCACUUCCGGAACAGCGAGUUCUAUGGCUUUUCUGAAUUCUACUAUUGCACGGAAGAUGUGUUACGCAUGGGAGGAGACUACAAUGCGGUUGCGUUUACUAAAGCUGCAAAGGAUUAUUGUGCAACAAAGUGGUCGAUCUUACGAGAACGCUUUGACCGAGGACUGUAUGCCUCUCACGCUGACCUCCACAGGCUAAAGUACCAGUGCUUCAAGUCUGCCUGGAUGUUCGAGGUGUUUCACAGGGGCUUCUCUUUUCCUGUCAACUAUAAAACCCUAAAGACAGCCUUGCAGGUGUAUGACAAGGAGGUGCAGUGGACCCUCGGCGCAAUCCUCUACAGGACCCGCUUUUUACCGUUAAGAGAUAUCCAGCAGGAGGCAUUCCGGGCCAGUCACGCUCACUGGCGGGGCUUCUCCUUUGUCUACAAUCACUACCUGUUCUCCGGCUGCUUCCUGGUGGUCCUGCUCUCCAUCCUCCUGUACCUGCUGCGGCUCAGGCGCAUUCACAGGCGGAUGCUGCGCGGUGGGGCAGCCGCCACCCUCUGGCUGGAGGAGGGCCUUCCGGCCCAGAAGAUGGCGGGAACCUUGUGAACAGGAACAGGAGUGAGUGCCCAGGAAGACCUUCUAAAGGAAAAGCCAUUUUUGCCUCAGGGUUUCUUCUCUUUAUCUUUGUUUUAUUUUUCCCUUCCCUUUUUGGUCCUUGAAACAAAAACAAAAUCCAUUGUGUGUAAACUCUGCUGUCCAGGAAGAUUGCAUUUGCCACUGCUUGGUACACAGCUUUAAACUGAGGAGUAGGGAAAAGGGAAAAUCACUUCAUACUUGCUAUAUAGGACAUCUGCCAAAAAUUAUGGAGAUUUUUGGUUUUUCUUUAAGGUAUGUUUAAUUUUAAACAGAUGCACUUUGAUAGUGGAGGGAAAUGGCAAAGGUGUUUUCUAUGGUGGAGAUGGGACUGAAGAGUGAGACUUUUACAGAACCCAGAACCUACUGAAUGAAAUUAAAAGGCUUUUCCCUCUAUCUUGAAAGCUCUAACCUAAAGAGGGUGAUGUUUAGUUUUUAUUUAUUGUUUAGGUCUCUCACUAUGUUUUCUUUUCAGGUUCAAAAAAUCAAAAUCUAAAAUAGAGAAAUAUAAUAUCCAAAAUUGAGAAAACUAGCUCCCAGGAGGUAACUAUUUUUAAAAUUGAUAGUGAAAAGACCUGAAAAAUGUGAAAUAAUUACUAAGAGUGCUGUGUGUGUGUAUGUGCGCGCGCACGUGUGAGAAAAAUGCUAAGGAAAGAGAAUGAGGAAUACAGUGCUGUUUUGGAAACACACACUUCAAAAUUUACUGUUUCGUUUUAUUUUAUUUAGAAAAAUCCCCAUUACUAUUAUCUUUUCCUGACCAUAGGUAAUUACUUUCUUUAUCCCAUUUUCCAGUGGCCUUAGAAUACCGGGGCUUUGAAAGAGUUGGAAAAUUUGUAGUUUCACUGGUUUUGAUGUUACUAGAACUUGAACUGGUGCCAACUGACAUGUAUGCCAGUAUUUUUUUUAAUAUAUAUAUUUUUUAUUGACUUCAGAGAGGAAGGGAGAGGGAGAGAGAGAUAGAAACGUCAAUGAUGACAAUGAUGAGAGAGAAUUAUUGAUUGGCUGCCUCCUACACUUUCUCUACUGAGGGUCUUGCCUGCAACCUGGGCAUGUGCCCUCAUCUGGAAUCGAACUAUGACCUCCUGGUUCAUAGGUCAACACUCAACCACUGAGCCACACUGGCUGGGCACGCCAGCAUUUCUUAGUAGUGCAUCUUUGCUUGUUUAAUUGUGCUCACAUUUCUUCCAACUUAAGUUGGUAUUCUCCUCUUAAUUAAACGUUGUCUCUGCAGUUUUAUUCUGAAGACCCCAUACUUAACUUGAUAACUUCUCUUUAUUACUGUUGGGGUUAAGGCUGCACUGGCAAUGCUACUAUAAAUCCACAUUUUGAAGAAAACAAGUCUGAUAUUUUAAAUAGAAAUCUAAAAAAGACAACUGGAUUGGCGUAUGUGAGAUCAGUUGUUUUUUUACCAAUUCAUUGAGUUUGGAACCAUUGGGAAUGCUUAGAUUUUUUAGUUGAAUUAUGUGUGUGUGUGUGUGUGUGUGUGUGUGUGUGUGUGCGCGCGCUAUUUAACCCCAGAAGAGUUAAAUCUGUCUAGUUGGUACCAGAUGUAUAUUUCGAGAACUAUCAGCUACUUUUAAAAAAAAUCACUGAUUAGAGAAAGAAUUGAGAUUCUGAGUGGGAUUUUUAUCUUGUUUAUUAAUUACUUAAAAUCAUGGCAUACUGUAUAUUGAUGAUUUUAAAAGAUUACAGAUUUGUGAAAGAAAUGCAGAUUCUCUUAUUAUGUUCCUUAAAAUGAAUAUCUUAACAAGGAAAGAAUUAUUGGUAGACUACAGUCAAACCUCGUUUCUCGAAUGUCUUCCAUCUUCAACAAUUUGGUUCUCGAUCAGCUUGUUCACAGAAAGAAUGUCUCUGUUGUUGUUGAACCAAACUUCCACCUGGCAACCCUUUCAUGCUGAUACCUCAGUGUGACAAAAAGCGUAUCUCAGGCAACAAAGGAGAGAAUGCUUUUGUUUCUGGCAAAAUCAAUGAUUAGCACAAUCUUAAAACAUAAAGAGGCCAUCAAGAGUGCUGAUGUUGCUAAGGCUGUGAAAGAAACAAUGAUUAAAGAGGUAGAUUUGGAUAAAAGGAGAGCAGUUAGCCAGUGACAGCAUUUUAGAGGCAGUGAUGUAUGAACAAGCAAAGAUGCUGCAUGCUGACCUGAAAGACACCCUGAAUGAGUCCUGAAAUGAUUCCUUUACGGCUAGGAAGGGGUAGUUCGACAAAUUUUUAAAAAGUGUUUUAUUAAUACAGUAAACUACAUUAGGCAUAUACUGUAUAUAAGAAAAGUUUUUAAAAUGGAAUCAUUUGGGGAUCUGGAACAGAUUAAUUCCAUUUACAUUGUUUCUACUGAGAAAAAUGAUUUGGUUUUCGAACAAAUUGCUUCUUGAACAGCCUUAUGGGAUGAAUUAAGUUCAAGAGCCAAGGUGCCACUGUAUUUGCUUCUCAGAUAUUCAGAAGGUGGGAGGAGCUGUGUGGUGUUACAGCAGCUAAUGUGGAGAGAAUCUUAUUUCAGAGAGGAUGGAGAUAAUUGUCCCCCACAAGGAGUCAGCUUAGAAAUGCUGGUCUCCAGAUACUGAAUCUUUGGUCCCUGGUAAGCCCUUUUCUUAUCAGAAGCCAGCCACAAGCGAGCUUCUGGAGGUAGAAUGAGCCGGUCUGCGUCUCCUCGAGUUCUUAGUUGGGUUUGCUCUUAGACUGGGGGUGGCAUUAGUGGUGAAGAAGAAGUAAGUUUACACUGGAGCUUUUCUCCACCAACCAUUUGGAAUAGUAAGGCCCAGAACUGCAGAAUAAAGAAUUUUAAAUGCCUAGUGUACGUGAUUGUGCCUUUACAAUCAAGGCACAGGCUAAAUAGGCCUGAAUUACGACUUCCUUCUGUAAGUAGCUACUGUUUGAGUAAAGGGUGCCUGCUGGUCCUGCUCUGUACUGUUCAGGGAGCAGUGCAGGGAUGGACCCAGCAGCCCUGCUCUACACCCGGCCUCGGGAUCCCUCUGCAAGGAGCCACCUCACUCACUGAAAGAAAGAAAUCCCCAAAUUAGGGUUCCAAGGCCCAAACAGCCUUAGACGUGGCACAGCUCAGUGCCCAUGCUCCCUGCAGGGAGCUUCCUGAACAGAGAGCUUGACGGAUUGUUGCCCAUGGGGAACAUCUGAAGACCCUUGAGCUGAGACUGUGAUUCAAUUUUUAAAGGGAACUUAGAGACAAAAAGAAGUUAAGAAUAUGCAGCAGAGACUGUGGCCUAUGGAGCCUAAAAUAUUUACUGACUGUCCCUGCAUGAGCAGUCACAUUCAAGAAAGGACACACAGAAUUCCCCCUAAUUUAGGGGUUACCAUUUCAUGGGCACAAAAAUGAUGGCAAGACAAGUGACCAAACUUCAAUUUUAAAAUAUUUGUUUAUGCACCAGAAUUUCAUUUCUUAACCUUUCCUCUAGAUUAUUUUCAAGAUCACUUUUCUAAUAAACCAGGAAUCAUGUCCUUCUCCCCCCGCACCCCCUCCCACACACACAUUUAAAAAGUGCUAUUCAGGAGGGCUCACUAUGUUAUGUUGAAAUACCUACAAUCACAAGAUCUCAUAUCCUUUUUCACCACCUUAUACCACAGGAGAGAGACGGCCAGGUGCUUUCUCGGUGGUACAGGGAUGGGUUUCUGUGAGAGGCAGGCAGUGGAGAACUUAAUUCAGGGGAAGAAUUAAUGUCACUUAGGGCCAGCCAAGAAGGCUGUAAACUCUGAAUACUUGUAAUUGAAAGAAAAAGAAAUUAGACUGGUGGGUACUUGCUAGAAGCCUUGCCAAAGGAAGACAUUCUGUGUUCAGUCUUGGCAGCAGCCACUGCAAUAACACUCUGUUCCACUGUCAUACUGUGUGCUGCUCCUAUGGUCAUACUGUGUGCUGCUCCUGUGGUCAUACUGUGUGCUGCUGCUGUGGUCAUACUGUGUGCUGCUGCUGUGAAGACCCCAGAGGCUGUUCUCAAGAUUUCACAGUCCAUUUAAGGAAAUCGCAGUAAAAGUACAAACAUACUGUUUUAUACCAGUGGUUUUUGCACAUUUCACCCCAUACUCCUACCUUUAGGCAGCACCCCCAACCUGGGGGUAAACCGAAGAGGCUGCUGGUGGCUCAGCCUGGCCACCUUGGAGGCCGAGAUCACUUGUUCACCACCUGUUGUCCACACCUGUGCACUCAGGUUGGGAAGCUCUAGAUUAACAGAUAUUCAAAUUUUAACUUGGCCUUACGUAGAAUUGAUUUCCUUAUAAGAAGCGUGCAUUUCACUUAGCAAGAAACUCAAAAAGGCAAAUGUGUUUUCCAAGCUUU